AUGUAUCCAUAACAAGUGCAACCCGUAAUGUUGGGACCAAGUGGAAUUCAAAGAUCUCCUUUCCAACCUUAUUCAUCUCCAGUUAAGGUUCCCUCUGGACCAUCCAUUUACACUUAAUAAGGAUUUCAGAAUUAGUAUAUUCAGAAUCAAUAGGUUAAGACACUAUAGACUCAUCACAUGCAUCAUACACAUGAGUACAAGAUCCCCUAAUAUCAGUAUUAAUAAAGCUCUCCUUAAUAAGUCCAACCAUAAUAAUUGGCUACUCCACCUCCUUAAUAACCUGAAAUUAACGAAUUAUAUCAUGUGGAAAGAGAGAUGCAAGUGCUUUCAGUUGAGGAUGUUGAAGAACCUUGGAAAAAGAAAUGUGUAGAAUUAGAAGUUAAGAUCUAUGACUUAUAAACUGAAUUGGCUCGAUAUAAAAAUCAAGGUCAAGAAUUAAAGGUCACUUCAAAUGAAGAGUUUUAAGUCAGGGAAUUGGAAGCCAAGAUUAGGAUGAUGAAAGAUAUUGAAGAUGGAUUAAGAAAAGAAAUACAAAAUUAAUAGAGUGAAAUCGAUUCGUGGAGAUAGAGAUAUCAGAAAUUGCAAUUAGAAUAUUAGUAAUUAUUACAAGGAGGCGAUGAGAUAAGGAAAGACAAAUAUUAAAAUUAGAAGGAGCUAUAAAUUAAUAAGCCAUGGAAAUGCAAAAUUAGAAUAGAUUCAUCUAGUAUUUAUAUUAUGUUAUAUAUUAGAAAUAAAGAAUAAGAAAUUGGAUAAUAUAAGCAAAUGAUAAGAGAAUUGGAAUCUGAAAUGAGAGAAUUCUAGUCAACAACUGAAAAAUUGAAAUAUUAUUCCAAUGAGGCUAAUGUGUGGAAAGACAAAUUCAUGAAAGCCAAUCAAGAUUAUCACACCGCAUAAGAACAAUGCAUGAUGGCCUAAGCAGAAUUGGAUUCUUUGAAGAAAUAGAAAACGAUAACCACAACUGAGAAAACAACUUCAAUCUAGCAAAAUAAUGUAAGAAGAUAAUAAUAAUAUUGA